AUGGCGGGAAACGACCGUCUAGGGGACACAACGCCGAGCCAAUCUUCAGAUUCGAUAGGUCGUUUAAGAGGUGUCGCGGAAAAGCACCUCAAAGAUAUCGAGGAAGAAAGACUGCAAGAGGAAAAGGACGAAGUGAAGAGGAUACAAGAGCUGGAGCACUAUUCGAAGCACAAGAAGCAGGGGAAGCAGGGAAUGCCAAAUACGCCCAGCGAGGUGUCAGUCCCCAAAAUGAGAUCAGCCCAAGAUGUCCUCAAGCGGCUCCAAUGGGAUACUGAUCUUGACAUGUCAAGAUACAUCAUUGGCUAUCUGGAACGGUUCGCCGGUAUCAAGGAACUCGCCGCGACCCAUUGGAUCUCCGAGGUCACCGAGGAAGACUGGAUUCCCCAACAUCGCAUCAAAUACUUCAAACGGAUCUCUGAGAACGGGGAGGCUGAGAUUGUCUGGGACCGCGAAAAGCGAAUCGACAAGAUCUUCGGCAGUGGCUUGAGAGAGGAUGAUGAGACGGUGGAUGUUAAUUCCGAGGAUGGCGGUAGACAUAUUUCUCCGUUUAAGGUCAUGGCAGAGACGGCGGUCGCUGGCGUAGGCCAUAUGUCGUCGCCGUCAAAGCUGACAGGCAGGGCCUUCUACGAAAGCAUCGGCAGCCCAAAAUACAUAAUGGCUCCUAUGGUCGAUCGCUCAGAGUUCGCUUGGAGACUCCUCACGCGGUCCUACCUCGAUGAAGAGCGCUCAAAGUCCUUUCUAGCGUAUACGCCUAUGCUGCACGCGAGGUUGUUCCGAGAAACAGCAAGAUUUCGAGACGAACACUUCCAGCCCACCAAAAGCAGUCUGGUUUCCAAGGAGAGAGCCUCAGCGUCGCUAUGGCUUGAUGGCAAUCCGACUUUGGACCGACCGUUGUUCGUCCAGUUUUGCGCGAAUAAGCCCGAAGAUCUCCUCGAGGCGGCACAAUAUGUGGCCCCUUACUGUGACGCGGUUGACUUGAAUUUGGGAUGUCCGCAGGGCAUUGCCAGGAAUGGGCGCUACGGAGCUUUUCUGCAAGAAGACUGGGACACAAUCUACAAGAUGAUCAACAAAUUGCAUAAUGAGCUCUCGGUUCCUGUGACGGCCAAGAUGAGGAUUCUGGACACCAAGGAGAAGACCCUGGAGUAUGCAAAGAUGAUUCUCUCCGCCGGCGCCAGCAUAUUGACAGUGCACGGGAGACGGAGAGAACAGAAAGGCCACAAUACUGGUCUCGCGGACUGGCAAAUGAUUCGAUACCUCCGGGAACAGCUACCGCCAGAGACGGUUAUCUUUGCGAACGGGAACAUUCUGAAUUCAGGCGACCUAGAAUCAUGCCUAGCUGCUACUGGGGCUGAUGGUGUCAUGAGUGCAGAAGGCAAUAUAUGUGAUCCCACAAUUUUUGCCGACCCGCCCAAAGAAUACAACCCCCGAGAGUACUGGUACGGGCCAGAUGGGAAAGGGGGAUACCGUGUGGACGCCGUGUUCCGAAGAUAUCUUGACAUCAUCCAUCGCCAUGUCUUGGGCAGAGAACCACCCGUGCGCAAGCCUCUUUAUGUCCCCGGUGAUCCUGAAGAGAUGCCUCCGAAAACCGAAGCGAUCGAUGCUGAGCUUCCACCGAGAAAAAGACAAAAACGGUUGCCCAAGCAAAGGUUUGAUCCGAGUCUGAGGCCAAUGCAAGGACACCUGUUCCAACUCCUUCGUCCCCUGGUUUCGACGCACACCAACAUCCGAGAUGCGUUGGCACAAACACGAUGCGGAGACAUGGAUAGCUUCGAGGGAGUUCUUGCCAUGGUGGAAGCGGUGGUUAAGACGGGCCUCGAUGAAUAUACAGCGUUAUCCGAGGUCGAACACAAACCUGCAGCUGAAGGCGAAGUGGAGCAGCUACACGAGAAUGACCUGACGCCCACAGAGAAAACCAGGAUGAAAUAUCGGAGGCCGUGGUGGGUCUGUCAGCCCUAUGUCCGGCCGCUACCAGACGACGCUGUCAAGAUGGGUGCCAUGCAACCGGUCAAGGGGACAUCCAAGGAGGGCUCGAGGGAAGUCGCAGGCAACGAGGACAAUGCAGGCCGGUCGAUCGAUGUCGCUGAGACACCUGAUCUGCCAGUGCACAGCACUACGAAAGAAGAACUCGCUAAGCCUACACUGGUUUUCGGCUGA